AUGGACGAGGAAUAUUACGAGAGGAAUAUUGGAGACUGGGAUGGUCCGGAUGGCAAUGUAAGCAUCAUCUUUAGCUACUGUAGCAAGCUAGUGAAUGUACAAUGUCGCUAGUAAUGGCAAUGUAGCUAAGAUAGCUAGUAACUACAUUGUUGUUGGCUGUUGAUUCAUUGUUUGACGGAGCCAAAUCGCGAAUGUAUAUGGUGAUAGAUUCAAUGUUAAGAUGUUCUUUCCUUGGCUGAAGUGAUGUGACUUUCAUAUAGCAAGACGACUAUAUUGAAGGGGAGAACGAUGGGAAAGUUCAGGAGGACUGCCUACAGAAGUUUUCCAGCAGAGAUUACAUCAUGGAGCCUGCUGUCUUCAACACCCUUAAAACGUAAACACAGUAUUGUGUGUGUCUAGUAACGUUAGUGUGUGAAGAGUCAAAUCAUUUCCUGAAGAGGCUUCUGUUUCCACAGGUAUUUCCAGGCUGGUGGCUCCCCUGAACACGUCAUCCAGCUCCUGUCGGAGAACUACUCAGCUGUGGCCCAGACUGUCAACCUGCUGGCAGAGUGGCUCAUCCAGAUGGGUAAACAACACUGGACUGAGCUGCAAAUGGCACCCGUUUCUCUAUGCAGUGCACUACUUUUGACCAGUAGUGCAUUACAUGGGGAAUAGGGUGCCAUUUGGGACGAAGCCUGGACUCCACAAUCACUGAAAAUAUAGGGUUUUUGUUCCUCUCACACUGUUUGAGACGCAUAGUAGAAUUAAUGUUUUUUCUGUCUGUGUAUCGCAGGUGUAGAGCCAGCUCAGGUGCAGGAACGGGUAGAGAAUCACUUGAAGAGUCUCCUGAUCAAGCACUUUGACCCCCAGAAGGCUGACUCCAUCUUUACCGUCGAGGGAGAGGUGAGAUGAAGGACAAACCACCAGUCGCCAGUGAAGGACAAACCACCAAUGCUUUGCUGUGGUCUGGAUGUGACAGCUCAAAACUGGUGCUCUCCUGCUUGCUUGCUUGCUGUUUCUUUCACUGUUUUCCUCUCCUAGAAAAAAACUUGAUUAAUCAUAUAAAUUGUUUUAAUUCUCUGUGUUCUUGCAUGUGAUGCAUUUCCCUCAGAGUAUAGUAGAAACCCUAUAGUAUACAGAGUAUAUAGUAACCCUGUCCUCCUGUGUUGGUUCAGACUCCUGCCUGGUUGGAACAGAUGAUCGCCCACACCACCUGGAGAGACCUUUUCUACAAGCUGGCCGAGGCCCACCCUGACUGUCUGAUGCUCAACUUCACUGUCAAGGUACUGAUGAUCACCCAGCAGUUAAUAACUAAUGUCUUUAUGGGUCAAACAGUGCCAUGUUCCUCCUCUCCUUGCUGACUGUGUCCGUCCUCAGCUCAUCUCAGACGCAGGCUACCAGGGGGAGAUCACCAGUGUGUCCACGGCGUGCCAACAGCUGGAGGUGUUCUCCAGGGUCCUGAGGACCUCUCUGGCCACACUGCUGGAUGGAGGUGAGGACAACCUGGAGAAGAACCUGCCAGAGUUCGCUGUGAGUCUCUAAUCAGGUCCCCCCCCCUGUCCAUAUAAUUAUAUUAAUUAGGAUCUAAAAGGCAAUACUGAUUAUAGAGAUCAGCACUCCUACUCUGAGACGCUUUAUGAAUACCGGCCCUGGUGUUCCCAAGAAUAAGAUCUAGGCAUAUCUGUCAUUAUCUCACUCAAUACAAAUCCUUGGUUUGAUGGUUUUGGAAAUGUGUUGUAUUCAAGGUUUUCAAUCAUUUGAAAGCGGUACUACAAUCAAUAUUGCUCUAACCAAUAUGGAAUUGCAGGACAUUGGUAGCACAACAUGAUGUUGCAGGUUACCUGUCUUUUGGCAUGAGUGUCUUUGUUUGUGUGGUUGGUUUGGAGCUGAACUGUUCUCUCCUCCAUUUCUGUGUUACACAGAAGAUGGUGUGUCAUGGGGAGCACACUUACCUGUUUGCCCAGGCCAUGAUGUCCAUCAUGUCUCAGGAGGAGCAGGGGGGGUCGGCCAUGCGCAGGAUCGGCCAGGAAGUACAGAAGUCUGCACAUCAGAGGUAUCCUGCCCUCUACACUAUUUUGCCAGCAUUGACUUACUUGACAAGCUCUUGGCUCCUAUAAGGAGCAUAGGCCGUUGACGAAUGUCCUCCAUCUUGGCAACAUUUUGGCAGAAUUACAUAAUGAUUAGAGGAAAUGUAUUUCAUUUAUUUCAAUUGAUUUCUGCAUUUUGAAAAUUAUGGUUGUAUUAUCUGUAAAAUCCAGUGUUACAAUAAACAUUAACAUUGAGUGAGCAGCUUUGUGGAAAAUGAAGUUAUGCUCUCAACUGUCACAAUCUCAACUGAAUGGGUGUAGUAAUGUUGUAUAGUAGCUAAUUUUAUUACAGGCCAUAUGUUCCUCCAGGAGCAAAGCGGUUUAAGUAAGUAAGUGAGCUAAUUUGAGUGUUUUACUGUUCCUUGUGCUGUGCAGGGGCCAUGAUGCCAGUCAGAUCACACUGGCAUUGGGCACAGCAGCAGCCUACCCUCGAGCCUGCCAGGCCCUGGGCGCAAUGCUGUCCAAAGGGGCACUCAACCCUGCCGACAUCACUGUGCUCUUCAAGAUGUUCAGCAGCAUGGACCCACCUCCCGUAGAGCUGGUUAGUGUGGGGCAUCAAGCCACUUUUUAAAAAUCAAAAGUAGUGCACUACAUAGGGAAUAAGGUGCCAUUAUCCAAGUUAGAUGGAGGGAUAUUUUCACUGGUUGCCUUGCAUGUUUGACGUGACAAUGACCAAUAUGAGUUAGCAAGACAGCACAAACAGAUCUGGGACCAGGCUAGCCUUAGCUGGAAGCUAAACUGAGAAUUGCUUGUCUUUCAGCUGUUGAUAUUGUCUUUUGAGAGAAUGGGUGAAGUAUUUUCCCUUGUAUAUCUUCAGAUUCGAGUGCCUGCCUUCCUGGACCUGUUCAUGCAGUCGCUGUUCAAGCCAGGCUCCAAGAUCAACCAGGACCAUAAACACAAAUACAUUCACAUCCUGGCCUACGCUGCCAGUGUGGUCGAGACAUGGAAAAAGGUACCAGAAACAAAAACGCCCCUGACAUAAAUCCCUCAUACUACUAAGUUUAUCAGAUGUUCUGUCGUUGCUCAUACUUAUGUGCAGAAUUUGAAAUGUUUUUCUUACCAGUAUAUACAAAUAUUUUUUCCAAUGACAGGUGUUGUUUUUUCCCAAAUAAAAACGCCCAGAUAACAGUAUGCCUCUCUUUUCAUCCAUCCACAGAACAAGCGAGUGAACAUCAACAAGGAUGAGCUCAAGUCCACCUCCAAGGCCAUUGAGACGGUCCAUAACCUGUGUUGCAAUGAGAACAAAGGAGCCACAGAGCUGGUGGCUGAGCUCAGCACUCUGUACCAGUGCAUCCGGUGAGCCCAGCAGCCAACUAGCCAACCUAGUGAGCCCAUCAUGGAUCUCCAAUAUGUAGCUAAAGCCAGAGGAUUCCAAGAAUGUAAUUGGUUACCACUGUUGGUUGAGACAUCAUUAUGUCCAUUUUCAGGUUCCCGGUUGUUUCCAUGGGGGUGCUGAAGUGGGUUGAUUGGACAGUCUCUGAGCCUCGCUACUUCCAGCUCCAGACAGACCAUACCCCUGUCCAUCUAGCACUUCUGGAUGAGGUAGAGGUUGCACUUUUUCACUGGUUGAGGGAGGAUGUUUUUGUUGUGCUAUUAUGGAUAACUCACUAUGAUAUAUAAGUCCCAAAUGACUCUAUAUAGUGCACUACUUUUACGCUAUGUGCCCUGGUCAAAAGUAGUGCACUAUAUAGGGAAUAGGGUGCCAUUUGGAACUGGUCAAAGUAGUGCACUAUAUAACGAAUAGGGUGCAAUUUGGUUGUACACAGAAAUUGUGCAUUUAACUGUCAUUCUUGGAAUUGUUUUGCGGUUUAAAGACUAGAACUGAUCCCCAAUCAGGUGGUAGGGACAGAGAUUAAUGAGACCAUUAUGUUUGUUUUUAUUCCCCAGAUCAGCACCUGUCACCAGCUCCUGCACCCACAGGUCCUCCAGCUGCUGAUCAAGCUAUUUGAGACAGAACAUUCCCAGCUUGAUGUCAUGGAGCAGGUGUGUGGGUUGUGCAUGCGUGCAUAGGCUUAAUCUGGGCCCAUGCAACCACCCCAUAGACUUUCAGUGGAUGACUUCUUAGCUGACUGUAUGAGUGUUGUCCCUUUCAGAUGGAGCUGAAGAAGACCCUGUUGGAUCGUAUGGUCCACCUGCUGAGUCGGGGCUACGUGCUGCCUGUGGUUGGAUACAUCCGCAAGUGCCUGGAGAAGCUCAACACAGACAUCUCUCUCAUUCGCUAUUUUGUAACAGAAGUAUGGCCUGCUGAAACCAGAAACUAUUAAAAGAGAAGUGAAACAUUCCAGAUAAAGAGAAGUGAAACGUUCUAAAGACACCGUCAGUCCAAUUUAGUUGCGCUUGAAGAAAUGGUAGUGGAAGUGAAAAUACUGAUAUUUCUGUUUGCCCUAUCAGGUGUUGGAUGUGAUUGCCCCUCCAUACACUUCAGACUUCGUCCAGCUGUUCCUGCCCAUCCUGGAGAACGACAGCAUCGCUGGAACCAUUCGGACAGAGGGAGAACACGACCCUGUCGUGGAGUUCAUAGGUCAGUCUCUUAUACCAUCUUUUUCAUGGCCAAAAACUGUCUACAUAUUGAUUACUUUCAUUUGGCCCAGUUAUAGAAGCUUAAAAUAUAAUUAUCAUUCUGCUCUGUUUCAGCUCACUGCAAAUCCAACUUCAUCAUGAUGAACUGA